AUGCCGCAAAGAACUGAAGGUGCAGAGGUAUAUCCACUUCGACAUGCUGCAGAUGAUUACCUUCAUUGUUUCUGGGAAUUCAUCCACCCGGUAUUUCCCAUUCUUCACAGACCAAGCUUUAUGCGCAGAUUUGAAGCAUUAUGGUCAGAGUCUCAAGGUCCGAAUGCUGGGUCAAAGCAGGACGAGUUUGAUCACAUCGUCUUCGUCUCGUCUUUGAAUUUGGUAUUCGCAUUAGGUUGCCAAUUCAGUGACCUCGUGCGAGAACCAAACCGAGCUCAUGUCGCCGAGGAGUUCUACCAAAGAGCCAGGAAACUUUUCAUUUAUGAUAUCCUGGACUCAGCAUCGAUCACUCUUGUUCAAAUGCUACUUCUGACAUCAGUUUACCUCCAAUCCACAAGUCAUGCCAAUCGAUGUUGGAAUGUUGUGGGACUCGCUGUCCGUGCAGCACAGAGUAUAGGAAUGGAUUCUGAACCCCCAUCUCGGACGCCACGGGAUCCACUGACGCGAGAGCUGCGGAGGCGCUUAUGGCAUACCUGCGUUACUAUGGACAGGCUGGUAGCAAUGACGUUUGGUCGAGCAACUAUAACCUCAGGCACAGAAAGCGUUCCGAAACCUCUAGUAAUUGAUGAUGAAUAUCUAACUGAGCAGCAUGAGGGCGUUCAGCCUUCUGAAGAAGUCCCCCGUCUCGGUUUAUUUGUAUGGUCUCUGAAACUGUACGACAUUUUGCACGAGAUCCUGGCAACACUGUACAAUAAGCGUUCCGAAAGACCAGGACCCAGAGGUCGAGAUGGAGAGAACUGGAACCUGUUGUCUGAUAUUCUCACACUCAAUCAGCGACUUGAUGAAUUUCAGGCGCAAUUACCUGAAUAUCUUCGACCUCAGACCCAGUCAAUGUCUCCUCCAAAUCUGCGCAAGGCAGACCACAAAAACCUCCAACGACAUGUUUUACAUUGCCGUUUUCUCUACACUCGUGUAAUUCUUUUGCGACCGCUCCUUCUAUUGGGAAACGAUUUGGACUCGUUAUCUACGCCUUCCGCUACAACUCCUCACCUGAAAAACAUUAUGUUCACAUCAGCAUGCUCCUUGUGUGUCCAGACUGGUCAUCUACUGCUCGAAAAGUUGCGUGAGAACUUGGAGGGUCCUUAUAGAGUCUCUGCGUGGCACAGUGUUUACCUGGCCGUCGGUGCAGCUAUCGUACUACUCAGUGCUCAGAAGUGUGCCAGUUUUAGGACUGAAUCAGAGCAAGCAGCUCUUGGUAGAUCAUGGCAACGAUGUCUUGCUGUCUUGGGCCAUUACAAACAACGGAUAAAUGCUGCUCAUCAUGCUAUCCGUGUCUUGGAAUCUCUUAGGCACGAGAUGAUGUCAAGGUAUUCUAAAGGCAAUGAUACUGGGAGAAAAGGUGUCAUGGAGCCUAGGAUCGUGGGCAAUGAACAGCUACAAGACAACGGCGGCAAUGCCUCCAGCACUGAGAGAAACGCCUGGGGCGACUUUCCAGAGUAUUACGCAAUGGACACUCCUUGGAACGGCUUCGAUUUCCCUGAGGAAGGAACGGCCUGGUUAAGUCAGCAUCUGGUGGAUCUGGACUGGAUGGACCUGCCUUGGGUUCCACCAACCUGA